AUGCCUACCGUCCACGCUAAAACCGACCCAGCGAUCCUCUCCCAAUUCGAGAAAGACAUCAAAGAUGUGCAUCUCAUUUACGACUACGCAGCUCACGACGCGAAUGGAAAUCCCGAAAAAUGGAAAUAUGAAAUGUACUUUGCCCACCCGACCCUAAUAAUCUACGCCAUCCACGGGGGGCCCAUGGCCGGGCGUGUCAACUACCAACGAUGUUCUUUCCAGUGUAUCCGUCCCGGUGCUCUCUGGCAAUGUAACUGGCUAGAAGAAACCGGAACAAUCUGUUCUCUCGUCUACGACAUCCCGAAUAAGAAAAUCAGUACCUUACUUGCAUUUUCGCAAGGACAUUGGGAAAAUGCAAAGGAAGCGCAUGGAGAUAAGCGGAACUCGGAGGAUUUCGAACGGUGGAGAAAGUUGGGAAAGAUUGGAGGACCAACGGAUAGGUAUAUGUUGAACGAGCAGGCGGAUAUUCUGGAGGCCUUUAAGGGGAAGGGGGAUUUGGGGUGGGUGGAGGAAGAUGUGGAGACUAUGUGA